AUGGCAAUUGUUACCGUAUUAUUUUCGUUGUGGAUUGUUCAAUUGCAACUGGUGAAUACUGCAGACGAAUUCCAACACAAACGUCUCCUACUCAAUGAUCCAGAUGUUAUAAAUUCGAGGCUGGUAAACCUAGAGAAAUCAAUGCAGGACAUGGUUCGCCUAACCCAACAACAACAGAUAAUGCAGUCAACCAUAGCACAACUACAAACACAAAAUACCAAUACGCAGUCAGCGAUGGCUCAACUUGAAACUAAAAAUACCAAUAUGCAGUCAACCAUUACACAGCUACAAACAGAGCUAACACAGGAAAAAGAAAAAGUGUCUUUGUUAAGUGGUUUUGCAUCAGGACAAGACUAUCAUCGGUCUAAUUAUUAUGGUGGUCCAGCUAAUAUGCUUUGUCUUCCAAACAAUCCUGAACUAAAUAAUAGAACAGGAACCAGUGAUAGCUUCUUGUCAGGAACCGAAUACGAAAAUGGAAAUUUUUUUGUUGAUGGUGCAGCAAAUGAAGAUGUCCCAUGUGCACUAUGCAGAAGCGUAAACAGUUCAACAUCAAUAAUGAUACCUGGCAGGCAAUCAUGUGACAGUGGUUGGAAAUUGGAAUAUCACGGUAUAUUGGCAUCAGGUCACUACGGUCAUAAACCAUCAUCAUAUAUUUGCAUUGAUAGUCACCCAGAAUUUCUACAAGCUGGACAAGAUGACAAAAAUGGUCAUUUACUGUAUGCCACUCAAACUAAUUGUGGAUCUUUGGCCUGUCCUCCUUAUGUCAACAACAAGGCUAUCAAUUGUGUCGUUUGCUCUAGAUAA